GAGAAGUAUAGUUAGAGGGAGGCAAGGGGACCAGCCAAGCUAAGAGUUAAUUGAAUUACUGGAAGGUGUGCUUAAAGGCAGCGAAACUAUCCCCCCCCCCCCUCCUUCACCCCACUCUAGGGUUUCACCGUUACUCCCUGAUACGUCGUAUCGUUACAUUUGCGCUCCGUUUCAAUUGAAAGUUGGGUCGAACGCAAUCUGUUCGCCAGUCUGUCCGGCUUAUGCAUACUGUAUGAGGCACAGUAGUUAAUCACAGGCGUAAAUGAAAACGAUGUGGACUAUAGAAUGGUUCCAGAUCGUUCUUCUCAUCUUUGUCGCCCUUUUUGCUGAAAACCAAGCCGAGGAUGAAACAAGCUUGGUAUUAACCGAUAUCUUGCCAAAGGAUACUAAAACCUACGACAAAAAUCGACCUCCAAAGUAUUCCGGACAGCCAACAGUCGUUUAUUUCCACGUAACAGUUCUGUCACUCGACACCAUCAAUGAAGAAUCAAUGACAUAUGUAGCGGACAUAUUUCUGGCACAAAGUUGGAGAGAUCAUCGUCUACGUUUACCCGAAAAUAUGACGUCUGAAUAUCGAAUUCUCGAUGUCGGUUGGCUACAAAAUAUAUGGCGGCCUGAUGUCUUUUUCAAAAAUGCCAAACAAGUCACAUUUCACGAAAUGAGUGUACCUAAUCACUAUCUGUGGCUUUAUCACGACAAAACACUUAUCUACAUGGCCAAGUUGACGCUGGUUUUGUCCUGUGCCAUGAAAUUCGAAUCUUAUCCGCAUGACACACAAAUCUGUUCGAUGCAAAUCGAAAGCCGUAAGCUAUUUUUUUUUCUAGCCAAUUUGUUUUUGUUAAUUACAAUAAGUCACUGUGCACUUCAUUUACAUUUUAUUUCAUUAGUUUCUCACACGACGUUUGAUUUGGUGUUCAAGUGGAAUCUGACUGAUCCUCUAGUAACGAAUCCUGAUAUCGAAUUGCCUCAAUUAGACAUUGCCAAAAAUUUCACGGAAGAUUGUACGUUGGAAUAUUCAACGGGUAAUUUCACCUGCCUGGCCGUGGUAUUUAACCUUCGACGUCGAUUAGGCUAUCAUUUAUUUCAUACGUACAUCCCAUCGGGACUGAUUGUCGUUAUGUCUUGGAUUUCAUUCUGGAUCAAACCUGAAGCAAUUCCUGCCAGGGUUACCUUAGGAGUGACAUCGCUACUUACACUAGCUACACAAAGUACGCAGUCACAAAGGUCACUGCCUCCCGUGUCUUACGUCAAAGCUAUAGACGUAUGGAUGUCGUCAUGCACUCUUUUCGUAUUUAUGUCUCUCAUGCAAUUCGCCGUUUGCAAUCACUUCAUGGGAACCGGAACUCCCGCAAAACCAAAAGUGCUAUCAGACGAAGAACUUCAUAAUAGUGGUCUUGAUUCGCCGGGUCAUACCAAUGGGCUACUACGCUUUCGGGCGAAAUCCCCCAAUGCAGCAGAGCGGAGAACGACUCCCAAAUAUGUCACUUCUUGUUAUGGUCGCGAGGUUGCGCUCUCCAUAGACAAAUGGUCGCGAUUCACUUUUCCAUUCGCAUACUUGGUCUUUAAUAUUUUCUAUUGGACCACUUUUCUAGAAGAUGUCAAUGUCAUCAACUUGUGAAAAAAAAACUUUCCAAAGAAUUUCGAAGCAUUUCAGUCAUUUCUGUAGCCCUCUUCUUUGUACAUUUUCUCACGUGACAAUCAAUUCCUAAUAAUUUUUUGGCUGUUUUUUUUUUUCCUUGUCCGUUUUCAAAUAAUAAGACCAAUCAUAAGACCAAUUGAGACACUUGACUAAUUUCAUCUGUCUGCGUGAUUUUCAUCUCAAUGUUUCAUCAUUCAGAAUCAGACAUCAUUGGUAUGGUGGCAAAAAAAAAUGCAACACUUAUUAAUUCAAAUAACUGAAUUCACAGUCAAGAUUUUGAAUGUAAAGUAUACGAAAUUUCAACACUAUAUACACAUCAUAAAUUUAAUUUAUAACAAUUUUUUUACCAACAAGAAAUUUACGCUUAUGAAUUGUUAAAUGCUAGGCUCUUAAAGUAGAAAAAAUCGAUACAAAUAUGUGUGUGUGUGCUCGCAAGUUGGUAAAAAAAUACUAGUGAAUUCUUCAUUUCCUGUGUUACUGCUAA